AAAAAGAAAAAUUGCAUGGCGAAAUUGCUGAGUAAUCCUUGUCGCAAUUCUUCUCCGGCUACAUUUUCUUCUUACCAUAACGAUAAUAAUUAUAAAAAUCUGUGUUGUUCGAGAAAGAUCAAUGCUUUACCUAGUAUAACUCAUUUCUCCAAGUGGGCUCCGAGAAUUCUAGCAAGAAUUCAGACACGACGUCGUUUUGAGCUGAGAUCCUCAAAUGGUUACCCUCUUAAUGCUGUUUCUUUACAAGAUGAAGGUUCGGCUGCAAAUUCUCAGACAGAAGAAACUCAAUUAUCCGAUUCCGGAAAAGGAGAUUCUACACUUAGCAUAACUGUUGUCGGUGCAUCGGGGGAUCUUGCGAAGAAGAAGAUUUUUCCAGCUCUUUUCGCUCUUUACUACGAGGAUUGGCUACCCGAGAACUUUGUUGUGUUUGGUUAUUCUCGGACGAAGAUGAAUGACGAAGAGUUGAGAAAUAUGAUUAGUGGAACCUUAACUUGCAGAAUUGAUCGGAGAGCAAACUGCGACGAGAAAAUGUCGGAGUUUCUAAAGAGAUGUUUUUACCAGUCGGGUCAAUAUAACUCGGAGGAACACUUUUCGGAAUUGGAUUGCAAAAUCAAAGAAAAAGAGGGUGGUAGACCAUCAAAUAGGUUGUUCUAUUUAUCUAUACCGCCGAAUAUAUUCGUGGACGUUGUUCGAUGUGCUAGCACCCAAGCUUCUUCCACUAGUGGAUGGACAAGGGUUAUUGUGGAAAAACCAUUUGGUCGUGACUCCAAGUCAUCUAACGAGCUUACAAGAUGUCUGAAGAAGUAUCUCACCGAGGACCAAAUAUUCCGAAUUGAUCAUUAUUUGGGCAAGGAGUUGGUCGAAAAUCUUUCGGUGCUUCGUUUUUCGAACCUCGUUUUCGAGCCUCUUUGGUCGAGAAAUUACAUACGUAAUGUGCAGUUUAUAUUUUCCGAAGAUUUCGGCACCGAGGGAAGAGGAGGAUACUUUGAUAAUUACGGAAUCAUACGAGACAUAAUGCAAAACCAUCUCCUACAAAUAUUAACACUAUUUGCAAUGGAGACACCUGUCAGCUUGGAUGCUGAAGAUAUCAGGAACGAGAAGGUCAAAGUAUUGAGGUCGAUGAAGCCAUUGCAGCUGGAAGAUGUAAUAGUGGGACAAUAUAAAGGACACAAUAAAGGUGGUAAAUCAUAUCAAGGAUAUACAGACGAUCCAACGGUUCCGAAAAACAGCGUUACUCCCACAUUUGCUGCAGCAGCUCUCUUUAUUAACAAUGCCCGUUGGGAUGGAGUCCCGUUUCUCAUGAAAGCUGGCAAAGCUCUCCACACUAAACGGGCAGAGAUUAGAGUACAGUUCAGACAUGUACCAGGUAAUUUGUACAAGAGGAAUUUUGGGACGGAUUUAGAUAAGGCUACGAACGAGCUAGUGCUUCGUGUACAGCCCGAUGAAGCCGUUUAUUUGAAAAUUAAUAACAAGGUUCCGGGGCUUGGAAUGAGACUUGACCGCAGUGAUCUUAAUCUGCUUUACAAAACAAGGUACACGAGGGAAAUUCCGGAUGCUUACGAGAGAUUACUAUUAGAUGCCAUCGAAGGAGAAAGAAGACUUUUCAUUCGAAGUGACGAACUUGAUGCAGCAUGGUCUCUUUUCACACCAUUGCUCAAAGAACUCGAAGAUAGGAAAAUUGCCCCCGAGUUGUACCCUUACGGUAGUAGGGGGCCCGUUGGGGCCCACUAUCUUGCCGCUAAACAUAACGUUCGGUGGGGAGAUCUUGCGGGUGAGGAUUAAUAUCUUUCGAAUUUUAUGUAAAAAUAGAUAAAUUCACUUAUUAUGUAAAAAGAUUGACUUAUUGAAAAUUGAUUGCAAAUGGUAAUGCAAUUUAUGUUCUGAACCAAAAGUUUGAAUAUUUGAAUCUAAAUAGGAUGGAAUUGUAGGAACAAUGUGUUAGACUAUUUUAAUACUGGUUUCACUUUAUAUAUUUUUUUGGGUA